AUGGCCGGAUCGACUCCGAACGAUAUUAGCCAGAUUAUGCCAGUGCCCCCGUACCACGCUCCGACGUCUGAGCAGUCUUUUCAGAAGAAUGCAUCUUCCUCGAAUAAUCGUGUUGGCUCAAAUGAUAACGACUUUAAAUGUCAAAUGAUGGAUGAAGAUUCAAAAGAAAAUGAAGAAGAAGAUGAAAUUAUCACGUGGGAGGAUGAUGACGAAAUUGAUAAAAACGCUUCCAAAUUUGUUAAACGCUUUCAAGAAAGAGUUCAUGAAAUUUGGAUGAAAUUUAGGAGAGCUGUUCUUCUCUGUUUCUACAUAUUUUCUUAUUUCGGUUUUUUAAGUUUCUUCAUAUGCGCCAUGCACCACCAGUCACGUGAUGAAGGUUUGUCAGCUUCCUACUGA